AAAUAAAAUAAAAAGGGUUCCGAAAUGUAAUUGCAAACGCAUCAAACGCACCCUAAUCGCUGGCGAGAUCUGGGUUUCUCGCUCUGAUGGAUAACCUCAGAACCCAAAUUUGGGUUCUUGCAGCUUGAUGCGUGUGCCCAAGCAUCUUCGCUUUCUCCUCCACCAAGGUUGUGCCCUGUAGCAGAAGAUCCAUUCUCUGUUUUGUCUUCCUCCUUGUGUGGUGGUACCCGAAAUUUUUUGGUAGGUUUUUGUUUAGAUUUGUUUGGGAGGAGAAAUGGAAUAAUUUGAGGAGUUGGAAGAAAUUGAUGGUGCAGAGUUAUGAACAAGAUGGACAAGAUGAAAACGAGAAGAUUGAGAGGAGGAAGAUGAAACAGAGAUUUGAUGGGGGUGGAAAUUUUGAUUUUCUUUCUCAUGGGUUCGUAACUUAGUUGCCUCUCAGCAUGUUGAAGGCUGACAGGACCGAUCUAUGGUUGGUUUUCCAGGGGAAGAAGUUGCCUGAACGGGUGAAAUCCGGCUGGAUUUUGUUCAAUACAGUGGAGGAAUUCGACCGGAUUGGAAUGUCGUAUUUCUGGCGAAAGCUUAACCGGCCUGUGUGGACCAUUGGACCGAUUUUAUUAUCCACGUAAAACAGAGCAUGGGCUGGAAAAGGAGGAAUCUCGCCGGAAACAUGUCGAAAAUGGCUAGACACUAAGCAUCCAAAUUCAGUGCUAUACAUAUCCUUUGGAUCAAUGAACACAACUUCGCCAGUAAUUGUUGGCCGAAUUCUAUGUUUCUUGUUUGAAUUUGCUUGAUUCGGAGUUGCGUUGGAUUCAUGGAUUAAUCUUAAUGCACUUGAAUGGCACUGGACAAAUAAGUGAUCCACACUGGAGAAGAAGACUGGAAUCAAAGAACAAAAAUAGAAAAUUAUUUUUAUU